CCACGAGAACUGACCGCGAAGUCUCGCGAUGGUUCGACGUCAAGGGGAGUGUCAAAUUCCAAGAGAGAGGAGAGGAGAGGGGAGCCAGAGAGAGAGGGGCGCAAGGUUACAUUGCAAGCUCUUUGCAAAAAUGGGGGACGACCGACCUUUUGUGUGCAAUGCUCCUGGUUGUGGACAGAGGUUUACCAAUGAAGACCAUUUGGCUGUCCACAAACACAAGCAUGAAAUGACACUGAAAUUUGGACCAGCCAGGACAGACUCUGUCAUUAUUGCAGACCAGACACCUACUCCCACCCGCUUCCUAAAGAACUGCGAGGAGGUUGGUCUGUUCAACGAGCUGGCCAGCUCCUUCGAACAAGAUGAUGACGACAAGAGAGCAAAGAACUCUCUUCCUGCACCCAACUCUGUAGCUUUGGACAUGAGCCUGCAGACGACAUCAGACGUGAAGGUGAAAAAAGAGGCACCCGUAGAGGUCGACUCUUCGCCACCAGACAGCCCUGAAUCAAUCUCUGGAAGGUCAGACAGCAGCAGAGAGGCUCUGGUUAAAGGGAAGGACACACCACCCAGGAGUUCAGCCCCCACCCCGACUAUUGUGCGUCCAGGUUCCCUCCCACUACACUUGGGCUUUGAUGCCCUUCAGCCCACCAUGCCGUCACCCACCUCCGUCAUCACACAGGCGCCACCUUCCAAUCGUACUCUGGGUUCGCCGACCAGCCACUACCCCAUGAUGAUGCUGCCCUCUGGUCAGGCAGUUCCUGUGCUCCCUGGUCCGGUGCAGAUGCCCUCUGUCAUUAAUCUGGCCCGACCCAUGUGCAUGGUACCCAACAUUCCUGGGAUCCCUGGUCCUCCUCUGGGAGGUAGCAGCAGCGGCUCUAACUCCCCCUCUGGCUACAGCAUCCAUUCAGAGGCCAAGAUGCGUCUGAAGGCUGCGCUGUCCCAGCAGAGCCCGUCAGGACAUAGUAUGGGGAUCAUGGCCAUGGGCAGCAGCCCAAUGGUACCUCAGAGGGCAGAGCAGAGCCAGCUGCUUGUCCAGCAGCCAGAUGCUCCAUCACCUGCACAACCUCAGGUAUCUCCAGCACAGCCUACAGGUGGGCGUCGGCGACGGACGGUAGAUGAUGACCCAGAUGAGCGAAGGCAGCGCUUCCUCGAGAGGAAUCGGGCCGCGGCAUCGCGCUGCAGACAGAAACGCAAACUGUGGGUCAGCUCCCUAGAGAAGAAGGCAGAGGAGCUCUGCACCCUGAACGUCUCGCUGUCGAAUGAAGUGUCUCUGUUGCGGAAUGAGGUGGCUCAUUUGAAGCAGCUGCUGCUGGCCCACAAGGACUGUCCUGUAACCACCCUACAGAAGAAGACUGCCUACUUAGCUGCAGAAGAGAGCAUGAAAGACACCUCAGAACCCACAGGUUCCCCUGCCCCGGUGAUCCAGCACAGCUCUUUGGCGCCCAGCCCCUCUGCAGGGCAAAACGGCCUGAGCUCAAGGGCAGCAGCUGAAGCCAUGGCUAUGUCUGUGCUGGCAGGAAUGGGUCAGCAGCAGAGGGCUGAGGGCGGACCCUCUCACAUUAUCAUGGCUGCACAGUCUCAAUCUGCUGCCAGAUGAUGAGCGAUGCCACCACGGCCCCAGAAUUGGCUCGCACUCAUCAACCCAAGGGUAAAAAAGAGCAGCGGACACCUCCCCCCUGCCCCAACUUCCCCCGAUCUAGAAGUCCAAAUUUCUCAUCUUCACCCAGCCCCCCACCCCCCCUUCGUGGUGCUCCUCUGCUCUCUCUGACCCUCCUGUAGAGCCAUCAUGCUGUGGCCUGGAGCUCAGCAGCAGCCUUCUGGGAAUGGACUGAGACUUUUGAGAGAGCUUCCUGUUCACUUUGCCAUAGACUACAGGGGCUGGACUCCAACCUCCCAUCCUCGUUUCUCCUCUGUGCUUCCCCCGCUCAUCUCUCCUCACCCUCAGUCAAAACAACUCUUCACUGGACUGUAGGACUGCAUUACUCUGAGUGUACUGCCGUAAUGAACUUCCCAUGUGGACAUGCACCACAUGUGCACAGUCCCUAACACGCAGGUGUUGCAUCAUUCUUGAUCAAAUCAGACACAGAAACACACAGGGCUUUUACACUGUUUUCAGCAGGGAAUAGUGCCUUGUGCUCCUAGACUUUUAAGCCAUGCAUACACCCACACAUGCAUCAUCAUCAUCACAGCACACACCUGUACAUCCUUGGCUCCAAAGAUGCAGUAGUUGUCUAGACGUCAGUGACUCAGAUCUCAAAUAUUCACCCAAAACCUUUUUGUAAAUGGUUGCACCUCAAGAUGAUCUCAACACGGACCCAAAAACCUUACCUCAUUUACACCCCUUUUAUGAUAAAAUUGAUUAACUGUGUGUGUGAUUGGCUCUGUAUGUAUAUAUUUAUGUACAUCAGAACAUAACAGUUUGCCUACUCCUGAUCUGAUACGUUAAUAGCGGGAUUGUUAGCAUGUGAUUUUUUUUUCUAUUAGGGUGUUUAUGUUCUCUAUACAGUACGUGCAGCUAUAUAUUUUUUUAAUUAAUUGGCACAUCCUCCCAGAUUAAUCCACAGAACCAAAACAUGUCGGACUGAACGUGUUACCUUUUAAAAUUAGUUUGUUUGAGCAAUAGCCUUUUUAUAACCUGAAGGGAAUUCAACUUCUCUCCUCCUCCUCCUCCUCGUCACUUUCCUCUAAAACAGGCAGUUUUGCUGUUUAUUGGUUUGUAAGUGGAUGCCUUUUUCCAUUUUAUAUGAAACUAUUCUAGUGACUGUGUUUCUCUGUGUGGGUUCUGGACUUACUGUAACUGUUAUUUUCACACUUCUCAGGAUGGUUGCACAUCCUUGCUGCUCGUUGGAAGUGCGAUAAACCCCUUAGUCUCUUUGCUCUUUACCAAACCUAAACAAAGCCAUAAUGACAAAAGAAAAAAAAAAUCAGAUCUCUGAAUCUCCAAAGACCACCUGGUACUUGUUCCGGGACAGGAAGUAAACAGUCUGACUGUUAUUUUGUGAUUCAGAGGUCACAGUGACUCAAUCUACAGUAUAUCACUGCUUGUUACUUGCACUUGCUUGUUACACACAGUUUCACACAAAAUGUCUUGAUAAUUUUGCCUUAAGAUCACGUUGGUGCCUCCGAUAGCCCCUCGUAAAUAUACUCAGAUUUGCUUGUGACAAAACUAUGGAGCCUUACAAGAAUAAAAUUGUCUUAAUUUGUUCAUUUCAUCAAAUAAAAAAAAAACAGCCAAUGAGGAACAAAAGAUUUGCCGGUUCCUCAAAGCCUAUAAAAAUGAAUAGUUAUUUGAACCUUUAGUCUCUUUUCAGUCACAUUAAAUAAUGAAACACUUGUCUGUCAUCUGGUGGAGAGACACAGCAAAGACAUCUUCACUGGUAAAAAAGCUGAGAGAGGAAAAUGUUAAGAUGUGUCUGUGACUGUUUCUGAAUGGCUCCAGUUCUUUAGAAAUCCAAUUUACCAAGAUAUCAGUAUAUUUUUUACAUAAUCACCUGAACAAGCGGUCUGCUUUUCUUGUUUGUUUGUUUUUUCUUGUAUAUUUUCCCCUCUUUUGUCUGGUAUGAUCAUAUAUUACAAGAUGUGAUAUUUCAAAAACAAGAUAUCUGUCCAUUAACACAAGGGCAUGUCUUUAUGCACUAAAAUAAUGCAAGUUUAUUGUUGCUUUGUAUUUCUGUUAAGUUUUUGCAGUUCUUUUGGUCUUUUUCAGAGAAUUCAGAUCCUUUUUUUUAAAAUGAUAUUUUCUCUUAUCUGUACUGUAUACAUAAAUGGGAAUUUUCUCAGCAACUUUAAUACCUUUUCAUCUUUGACUGAACCUCUCGUCCUACAGUCCCAAUGGCGACCCCCGGCAUUUUGUUGUAUUUUGGAGCUGGCGCUAUAUUUGGCUGGCAGUCCCUUAUAGACGAUUGUUCAUAUGAAAUGAAAAUUCAAACUAUAUUUAGCUUCAUGUAAUUCAAUGUCAUUGGCACCUUUUCUGUCCUUUCUUGUUUUCUUUUUGUUGCGUGCUAUUUUCAGCACUAUACAACUUUUUGUCAUAACGCUUCUGAUUGUACUGAUAAAUAUAGAAACUAAUUUCUUUAACACACUUUUUUUUUUGUUUGUUUGUUUGUUUGUUUCCUUUACAGAAAAAUGUCAUUAGUCCUUUUUUCAAAAAACAGAGUAUAUCCCCUUUGUUAUAUCUUUGAAGGUGAAUUUGGUAAAGUCUUUCAACUGCCCUUGUCUAACUUAUUUUUCUAAUUGGUCAACUCACAAUCGUCAUUACGGUCUUUGGCAUAUUAAUGUUACCUAGAAUUGUUGUGAAAAAGAGCAAUUUAAUGAAAAAUGCAACAAUGUGAAAGUUGCACAUAGCGUAUUAAUGGUUUUUCACACUCCCAUUGUUGGACUGAUUAUUUCAAAAAUUGUCCUUGUACUGUACAUAUCUGUACUAUAUGAAUAUAUUUACUUUUCCAUGCAUGUCCAAGUGGAAUACUAUGAACACUUACAGUGCUGCAGUUUUAAUUAAAGAAACUACAUCUUAAUGAA